AUGUGCUACAAACUCCUCCAACUCUACGCCUGCGGUCACUCCAAGACCAUCUGCACAACACCCUGCCCACACGCCAUCGACACCGCCCGCCAGGCCACUCACCUCAACGGCGAACAGGAUACCGCUGAUCUGUCGCGUUCAAGCUCCGUUGUCUCCUCGAUCGCGCCGUCAGUGAAGCGCAGUGAUCUCCAUGGCCUGCCCUCACAGCGAGGCUCACAAGCUCUGCAUUCACCGGGUCAACCGUCGCCACUCCACAUGUGUCUUCCGACCCAGCCAGCUUUCCGCUUCGUACCGCCAAGCGAGCAUCCUCUGCAAUGGCCACUGCCGGAAUACCCCCAGCGUAGCCCAGCGUCGCCUACUACCCGCUCGCCCCCGUUGACCUUUCCUAAAGACUCUAGUGUCUCCAGUCAUCUUCCUGGGGAUGAAGAACAAGCCGUAGAGCCGAAUUACUGUCCCUAUCACUUUCCCCGCUAUCUGGUCCCGUCCCGUAGGCCGUGUUUGGAGUGCUACGUGCGUCCAGAAAGGGGAGAGCUGCCCAAGGCUUGGAAGAAGAAGUAUAAGGAAACUCAUCCGUAUGCUAAGGAGGAGGAUGUAGAGCGUCUGACUGGGAUUGCGGAGCUUAGGGAGAGGAUGGGUUUGGGUCAGUAA